AGGGACAGCCAGCCCUUCCCACGGGCCUGGUGCCUGGGGAUUGGGGCAGCGGGAGCGCCCUGCCGAGGGCAGGGGCUGAACUGGGAGGAGAAAUAGAUAAACUAUUAAAACAGAAAGGAAAGAAGAGAAAUUCCAAGCACUGAUCUGGCCAGUCCGGUCGGCUCGAGCGGGAGGCGACGGAAGGAAGCCCGCGGCUGGGGAAGCUCCAAAGGCCCGGCCCGCCCUGCGGCGGAGGCAGGUGGACUUUGUCCGCCCCGGAAGACGCCGCCGCUUGCGAUGCCGGCAGCGCCCGCGCCUGUCACCUGAGCGUGCCAUGGCAGACCUUUGCAGUGUGCCCCCCGAAAUCCUGGUGCCAGCUGCCAACGAGACGCUGGACCUGGUGCUGGGGAGCCAGGUGGAGCUGAACUGCACCGUGCGCUGGGCGGGCACCGAGCGCUGCCAGCCCAUUCCCGCCUGGAGCAAGGACGGGCAGUGGCUGGGCAGCGGGAGCAGCCAGGACACCACCUGGUCUGGCCAAAACUCCUCGGAGCAGCUCCUGGCCAGCGUCCUGCAGCUCAACCUCACCCACGAUGCUGAUUUUGGGGUGUUUGCCUGCUGGAUCAGCAAUGCCACGGCCACCUUCACCCUGCGGCGAGCGGAGGCGGCGGGGCACGUGCCGGCGGUGCUGGCGGCCCUCCUGGUCCUGGUGCUCCUGGUGCUCCUGGCUGUGCUCUACGUCCGGUGCCGCCUGAACGUGCUCCUCUGGUACCGGGACCGCUACGGAGAGCUGGAGAUCAACGACGGGAAGCUCUACGACGCCUACGUCUCCCACGCCACCGCCCCCGAUGACCGAAAGUUCGUCCACUUCAUCGUGAAGCCGCAGCUGGAAAACCGCCACGGCUACAAGCUCUUCCUGGACGAGCAGAACAUCCUGCCCAACUCAGAGCCGUCAGCCGACCUCAUCAUGAACGUCAGCCGGUGCCGGCGCCUCAUCGUGGUGCUCUCCGUCGCGUACCUGGAGCAGGAGUGGUGCAACAGCAGCUUCAGGGAAGGGCUCUGGAGGCUGCUGGAGCUCUCCAGGAAACCCAUCUUCAUCGUCUUCGAGAGCCAGUACCGGGAGAUCACUCACCCCGCCAUCACCCUGCUGAAGCAGCACCGGAGCGCCGUGACCCUGCUGGUGUGGAGAGCCGGCUCCAUGACCCCGUCGUCGGACUUCUGGAAGGAGCUGUGCCUGGCCCUGCCGCGCAAGGUGUCCUUCCCGGGGAGCGUGGGGGACCCGCAGACCCAGCUGCAGGAGGACAAGGACCCCAUGCUGAUCCUGCACAGCAGCUACCUGGACAGCGCGGGAGACCUGGACCCGGACGGGGACCUCGGCACAGGCCUCCGAGGGCGCGUCUUCGGAAGCCCCCCGCCCCCUCGCCUCGGCGGGCGCAGCGCUCCCAGGGCUCCGGCAGCCGGCGGGAUGGAGGAUGCGCAGCUGCGGGACAGGCAGCGCUCCGAGCUCGACGUCUCGGAUCUGGGAUCGCGCAACUACGGCGCCCGCACGGACUUCUACUGCCUGGUGACAGAUGACAUCUGAGCAGGGCCACAGCUGUCCCCCAUCCCUGUGGGGACACACGGACCAGGACACGGCCGAGGAGCCCGGGAGUUAGGAUGGGACCAGAGCCACGGCCAUGCUGGGAAAGCAGGAGCUGGCUCCUAAGUGGAAAACUGGAAAACCAUCACCAGGAACACCCUGCCCGUAGUGCCUCAGUGCCACCCCAGGGUGCUGGGCCCUGUCCCUUGCCCAUGUGGGCAGCACGGACAUUCCUUGCGUGAUGGACAAGUGCUGGGAUGGGUGAUGCUCUCCGAGGAACAACGUGCCCCAGCCCCAGGGAGUGUCCGACGGGAGCGGCGGCAGGACCUUUGUCCCAUGGAAACCCCCGUGAAAAUAAAAGGCUGCUGCA